UUGAAAUAUUUUUCACGUGGUUUCUAAUGUUUUUACUAAAUAAUUUAUUCCUAUGAAUCAGAACUAUUUACACCAGUUAUUAAAUUAACUAAGACAGCAUGCAUCGAAUCGCUUCUGCUAGGAAUAUGUACCAUAAUAGUUUAUACGGAAUUUCAUUGCCAUCCAGUAACUUACUUCACAGUACAAACUUUUCCGAAAUUAAAUGUUCAUUUUGUCAGAAAAAUAUUUUUGGAGCCUACAAUACAGAAAAAUAUAAUCAUGUUAGACAUCAAUCAACGCGGACUGUUAGUGCUUUGAAAUCGCUAAGGAAAAAGGUGAAACACAAAAGUUACAAGAAAUAUGGGGAAUUAUUGCAAGUUGGUGAGAAAGAAAUGACAGAAACUAAAGUAUCUAUUAGUAAAUUGCGUGCAUCACAACUAUCAAAAUUAGCUGCUAGUCCUGUAUCAUUAGGUCAACUUCAUCAGUUAACAAACAAUGCAAAAACAGAAACUAAAUCACCAGGUAUAACGCAAGUUGAUCCAGAAUUACUGCAAAGUGUUAGAGAGAAAAUACUGAAGCUGUCAUCUCCACCUGUAAUUAACGAAAUUUUGUUAGAAGAUGAUAAGUGUGCCUUAGUAUAUACAAAUCUCACAAUACCGCGGUUAGAAAACAAAUUUAAAACAAAACAUGAUAUAGAUAUGGUGAAGGCAAGUUACUAUGAUUUUAGAAAGACUACUCUGUAUGAUCAAAAGUUGCAAGACCUUAGGUAUGCUAUUAAUGAAGGUUUGAAUCAGCAGUUUGAUAUUAAUACAUCUACGAAAGGAAUUAUAGGUGUGGAGAACAGUUCUGAACUACAGUCCCUACCAAAGAGUCCUCAUGCAGUCUUUAGAGAGCUGUUUAUAGAAAAUCAAUUAGAUAGCUAUGACCAGGAACUUAUGACACACAUAUCAAACAUGCAAGCACAGGGAUUAGCUUAUCCAGUUUUGGAUGAUUUUGGUGAUGAUGCUGCAUUACACAGUGAAGUAAUUGAGGGUCAUGAAGAUAUGGACUUUGAUCCUGGAGAUCCUGGAGAAACCCCAAUGGUGAAAAGUUUUAAAGUCCAAAAAGCAAAAGAAGCACAGAAACGUAAAAAGGAGCUCCGGGAACGACGUCGCGCCCAGCAGGAGUUGAAUAUGAAACAAGAUAGGAAAUCCCUGCACCGCCGCGGUCGCCAGCUCGCGCUGCAUUCUACCCUUGCUGCGCACCUCAAUGUGUUAUGCUCGCUACGCAUGGUGCAUGAGGGUCGUAAAGUUCUUCAGUAUUACAGACAACGGGGUUCUAGGGUACCAGACCAUCCUAAAGUCACUGACGUCAAAAUAUACAACACUCUCUUGCAUGGAUAUGCUUCAAUGGGCGAAACAGAAAAUAUGAAGGAAUUACUCUCAUUUAUGUCAGAGGACGGGAUAGAAAGAUCUGCGCAAACUUACGCCGCGGUGUUUGAGUGUAUAGAAAGAAGUAGUGUGGAGGACAAAAAUUCAGUAUUGGAAAGUUACCGUGGACAGAUGGAAGAUAAGGGGAUACAUUUAAAUGACUUAAUGGAUAAGACUAACUUUCUCUAUGAUCAACGAGAGAUGGUUCUACAAGCUAUUCAAAGGAUACAACCUGAUUUUGAACCCCAAUACACCCCUCCUAUUCUUGACUAUAAUUGCGCAUUGAUGGAGAGAUUAAAAUUAACUGAAACAGAAGCUAGGGAAGGACUUAAUAGUUCUCCAGCUGAAGGUGUUGUGUCUUUGGAGGAAUUAAUAAAAAUGGGCAAAGAGCAAAUGGAUAUCGAAAUAAAGGGGGAAAUAGAAGUACAAAAUAUUGAUAUUAAAGAUGAAUCAUCACCAACUGUUAAGUUUUGUAGAGAAAAACUAAAAGAAACCGAAGAUCGGUGGCGGCAGGUGAUCAAAGAAGCUUUUGUGAGAAAUCUAGGAACUCUCAAAUCCCAAAGUGUUGCAUCUCAUACUGCUAUCACUUUAUACCCUUACUUGAAGGUUUUAGAGGUGGACCAGUUUGUAGAUUUAAUAAUGGGCGAACUAAGUAAGUUAGUGGAUGGCAGUGAAACAUACAGUCCUACAUUUAAGUUGCUGCAACGUGAUUUGGGCACACAAGUUUAUCACAAGUAUCAAAUCGAUCAAUACCGUAAGAAUGGGGCGUUGGCAAAGAUCGAACGGAUCUACGAGAAAUACUGCGAGUGGUACGUGAAGCGGACGGCGGUCGACGAGAGCGGGCGCGCGUACAACUGCCGGCAGGCCUGGCAGGCGCUCCUGCACCGUCACCGCGACGGCGCCAGCCUGGACAUGGAAGAGAUUCAAUGGCCUUUGGAAACGAGGCAAAAUGUUGGAAAGUUCCUUUAUAACAUUAUUAUCAACGAUAUCAAGAUCGACGUCAAUAUGUUUAAGUCGAAAGCUAAAGAGCGGUUGUUGCCGGCGGUGUACAAGGUGCACCGGCCGUGGGGCCGGCUGGUGCGGCUCGAGCUGAAGCCGCACCCGGUGCUGGCGCGGCUGUGGGCGGGCGGCGCGCGGCCCGGCCUGCGCGUGCGCGCCGCCCUCGCGCCCGCCCUCGCGCCGCCCGCGCCCUGGCUGUCCCACGCCUCGCGCGCCCACCUGCUCACGCCCACGCCGCUCGUACGAAUGCCAUUGUACGUGCAGAACCAGUGGAAACGCUUAGAGGAAGCGCCGCCAGAGACACUGUAUCCGGCACUGGACAGCCUCAACCAACUUGGCGAGGUUCCGUGGGCCAUUAACAAGCGGGUACUCGACAUACAGCUCCAUGUGUUUAGAUCGGGUGGAAACAAGAAGCUCGACAUUCCUCCUCCGGCGUCGUCACUCAACCCGCAACAAUUCCGGCUACCAGGUGAACGAGACGGAGCUGAUGCGAAUUCACCGGCGAACGCUUUCAAGCGUCGCAUCGCUAUAAACCGCGCCCGCGCUGAAAUGCACUCACUUUGGUGUGACGCGCUAUAUAAACUAUCACUGGCCAACCACUUCAGGGACAGUCGGUUCUGGCUGGCGCACAACAUGGACUUCCGCGGGCGCGUGUACGCGUGCCCGCCGCACGUGUCGGCGCUGGGCGCGGACGCGGCGCGCGCGCUGCUGGUGUUCGCGCGCGCGCGCCCGCUCGGCGCCCGCGGCCUGCGCUGGCUGCGGCUGCACGCGCUCGCCCUCUCCGGCCGCGCCAAGCGCUCCACGCUCCAGGAGAGAUUGGAACUUGCGGAAAAACUAACUGACAAAAUGCUGGAUUCCGCGGACCAUCCAUUGGAUGGUGAAGGUUGGUGGAUGGAAUCCGAGGAACCGUGGCAGACUCUCGCCUGCUGUAUCGAGAUCGCCAACGCUAUAAGAUCGCCCAAUCCGGAAGAGUACAUGUGCGCGUUCCCGGUGCACCAGGACGGGUCGUGCAACGGGCUGCAGCACUACGCGGCGCUGGGCGGGGACGCGGCCGGCGCCGCCGCCGUCAACCUCGCCGCCGCCGCGCGCCCGCAGGACGUCUACAGCGCCGUCGCCGCGCUCGUAGAGGAGGCUCGCGUUCGAGACGCUGCGGGCGGGUUGACUGCGGCACGUGUGUUGGAAGGAUUCGUGCGGCGGAAGGUCAUUAAGCAGACAGUUAUGACCACAGUGUAUGGCGUUACACGCUUCGGGGCCAGAUUGCAGAUUGCGAAGCAACUUAAAGAUAUAGAUGAAUUUCCAAAGGAACAUGUAUGGACAUGCUCACAAUAUUUGACCACGAAGACCUUCGACAGUUUAAGAGAGAUGUUCACCUCCACUAAACUCAUUCAAGAUUGGUUCACUGAUUGCGCAAAGGUGAUCUCAGGCGUGUGCGGGGAGAGCGUGGAGUGGGUGACGCCGCUGGGGCUGCCGGUGGUGCAGCCCUACCACCGCCGCGCGCCGCCCGCCGCCGCCCUGCGCGCGCCGCUCGACCUCCACAUGCGUCCAUGUACGAUGAAACAGCGUAAUGCGUUCCCUCCGAACUUCAUCCACUCGCUGGACUCGUCGCACAUGAUGCUGACGGGGCUGCACUGCCAGGCGCGCGGCAUCACCUUCGUCUCCGUACACGACUGCUUCUGGACACAUCCGGACACCGUCGAUACUAUGAACGAGAUUUGUCGUGAACAGUUCGUCGCCCUACAUUCUCAGCCAAUAUUAGACGACUUAUCGGAAUAUCUUGUCAAGCGAUACAGUUACGAUUACAGUGAGCUUCAAGACUCCGCCCCUGGCGCAGCGAACAAGAGACGCGUCAAUAACUUACUGAAGAAAGUACCAAGCAAAGGUGACUUUGAUCUCAAGAGUGUGCUCAAGUCAGUUUACUUCUUCAGUUAGACUGUCAUUCAAAAAUCAAUUCUAUGACAUUCGUGACACGUUCCUUUUUAUACUGUGUAUACAUUGAGAAUAGCUUUUCGUAGGUUGAUUGUGUGUCUUAAUAUGAAAUCGUGAUGGAUAUUAAGGACCUGCUUCUCUGAUAUAUAUGAUAAAGCCAUGGGUAAGAUUCUUAAAUUAGUUUGUAUGCGCAAUUUAUACUA